GGUCGAAUAUGUCAAUUUUUCCGAAAGCCGUAUAACCUCAUGCUUGUUUUACUUUAUGUAGCCGACUAUAAGUUGAACUAUGGCUCAGAUUGGUGUGAGGAGGUUUUGUGAUUUAAGAAGAUUAGAAAGAUGUGGAAUACAGCUUUUAACCAGAACAUUGAGAUUUAAACCAAAAGGUCAACACCAUACUCUGUUACCAUGCAGAACUGUGAGUGGGAGCAACCAGUACAGAAAUAGAUCCCAGACCAUGAAGAGUGUGACGCCCCCACACAACAAGAAAGUGCAGCUAGUCAUUUUUGAUAAAGAUGGGACUCUUAUAUGCUUUCAUUCUAUGUGGGCCCCAUGGUCUAGAAAAUUGGCUGCUAAGUUAGAAAGUGCAACUGGGUUAAAAAUAGAAGACAAAAUAUUUGAAACACUUGGAUUUUGUUCUGAAACUGAGACAAUCCAACCAGGGCUUCUAGCAGAGGCAACGACAUCUAUUAUCAAAGAUGAACUAGCUAAAAUGUUGAUUAAUGAAGGCAUUGAUGAGGAUGAAGCUAGAGGAAUUCUUGACCAGAACUGGGAGGAAGGAGAGAAUAAAAAUCCAAAACAUUUAAAAUCUGUUGGCAACCUAAAGACAUUGUUUGAAAUAUUAAAGAAGAAUGAUAUUAAAAUUGCUGUUUGCACUGCAGACAAUAGGGAAGGAUCUUUGGCUGGUCUUGCAGAGCUUGGACUAAAAGAUUACAUUGACAUUCUUAUAUGUGGCGACGAUCCCCAUACGGAGGCAAAACCGGCUCCACAUAAUGCCUGGAAGAUUUGUAAAGAAUUGGGAGUUGAUCCAGAACAGACUGUAAUGGUUGGAGAUACACAGACAGACAUAUUGAUGUCAAAACGGGCAAACUUAGGUUUAACUGUUGGUGUUCUAAGUGGUGUGGGAGGCACUAGUGAUUUAUUACCGGGAGCUGAUCAUGUCAUUACCGACAUUCAGGAUCUACUUCCUUUAGUUAUGCCAUAUGAAGAUUGGAAAGAUUGCUAUGUAUACACAACAGAUGAGCGAGUACUUGUAGAGCCACAUCAUUAUGACGAACAAGUUACCAAGGAAGUACCUAUAAAUGGCAAAAGAAAGUUCUCCCUGGUGGUAUUUGACUUUCAUGGCACACUCAUCUGCCUUCAUACGAAGUCAUCCAAAUGGACCAAAGCCAUUUGUAAAAGAUUUGAAGAGAAAACCGGUUUAAAAAUUGGACCACAAAUUGCAGACACACUUGGGUAUUGUGAAAUGACCAAGAAAGUGUCUGAAGGUGUUCUGUCAGAGGGUACUUGGUAUGAAAUUAAAAAGUCAAUGGUGGAUGUUGUGAGAAAGCAUGGUAUUCCAUAUCAAGAAGCUGUUAUACUCACAAACCAAGUUAUAAAAGAAUGUGAACAUAUUUGGUAUGAGGACUCAAAAACUCUCAACAAAGAUAUCAAAGAAUUUUUUAAACUUUUAAAAAAUGCUGGUAUGAAGAUUGCUGUUUCAGCUGCAGAUGAAAGAGAUAAUGUCUUCAAAGAAUUCCAAAACUUGGGAGUUAUGAAUUAUAUAGAUUUCCUUUUAUGUGAUGGCGAUCCUCAUGCUAUUACUCCACUUGGUAGACAUAAUAUAGAGUUUAUAUGUGAGCAAUUAAAUGUUGAUCCAUCUGAAACAGUUCUUGUUGGCGAUGCUACAGCCGAUUUUAUAAAUGUGGACACUACAAGAUGUAUUGGUGUUUUAACUGGGGUAGCAUCAAAGCAACAGUUGGAAGAUCAUACUGAUAUUGUUGUAGAAUCUGUUGAUGACGUACUUGACCACGUCAUUGGUACAUCACCGUCUCUUCCUCCUCCAUCACCUAGGCAACCAUCACGUCAAUCUGCUCCAAUGUAUACGGCUGGUGGGCCAUUUUCUACAAUUAAAAGAUCAUUUUCUACCAGUACAUCCAGACAUUACAGUACAAAAUCAGACAUAAGUAGUGUUCACGAUUAUGUUAUCGUAGGUGCUGGGUCUGCUGGAUGUGUUUUAGCCAACCGAUUGUCAGCUAAUGAAGAGAACAAAGUAUUGGUUCUGGAAGCUGGACCAAAAGAUUACACAUGGAAAAUACAUAUGCCUGCUGCAUUGAUGUAUAACCUGUGUGAUGAUAAGUAUAAUUGGUACUAUCAUACAGAGCCAGAAAAAGGAAUGAAUGAUCGUGUAAUGUACUGGCCAAGAGGAAGAGUAUGGGGAGGAUCAUCCUCAUUAAAUGCCAUGGUGUACAUCAGGGGAAAUGCAUUAGAUUAUGACAGUUGGGAAAAGUUAGGCGCUACUUCUUGGUCUUAUGCAGACUGUCUACCAUAUUUCAAAAAAGCUCAGUGUCAUGAAUUAGGGGAAAACGAAUACAGAGGUGGCAGUGGUCCAUUACAUGUGUCUAGAGGAAAGAACAAAAAUCCCCUUUUCCAAGCUUUUAUAGAUGCUGGAGUACAAGCUGGUUAUCCUUUCACAGAUGAUAUGAAUGGGUACCAGCAGGAAGGACUUGGAUGGAUGGAUAUGACAAUUCAUAAAGGAUUACGUUGGAGUGCAGCAUCGGCAUAUCUACGUCCUGCAAAUGAACGAACAAAUUUGACAGCAGAAGUUAAAGCAUUUACCAAUAGAAUUCUUUUUGACAAUAAUCGUGCAGUUGGGGUGGAAUAUGAACAAGGUGGUGUUGUGAAAAAAGCAAUGGCAAACAAGGAAGUAAUAUUGAGUGGUGGAGCGAUAAAUUCACCACAGCUUUUGAUGUUAUCUGGUAUAGGAAAUGCAGAUGACUUAAAAAAACUCAACAUACCAGUGGUACAGAAUUUACCUGGUGUUGGAGAAAACUUACAGGAUCAUUUAGAAGUCUAUGUACAGUAUGAACUUACUCAGCCUUUAUCUUUAUAUAAAGCACAAUGGAAAUUUCCUCACAACAUGAUCCGCAUUGGUCUACAGUGGUUUGCAACACAAAAAGGUGAUGCUGCGUCAGCACAUUUAGAGUCGGGAGGAUUUAUAAGAAGUAAACCAGGAGUAGAGUUUCCUGACAUUCAGUUUCAUUUCUUACCUUCUACAGUCAACGACCAUGGAAGGAAAAUGGGGGACAGACAUGCAUGUCAAGUUCAUGUGGGAACAUUGAGACCAACAAGCCGAGGCUACAUAAAACUGAAAAGUAAUAAUCCAAGAGAUCACCCAAAACUUGUGGCCAAUUAUAUGUCAACACAGGAAGAUAUAGUAGACAUGAGAAAUAGUGUAAAAUUAGCAAGGGAAAUAUUCCAACAGAAAGCUUUUGAACCUUAUGUAGGACCAGAGCUAAAUCCAGGAUCAAAAACUCAGACUGAUGCUGAAAUAGAUGACUAUGUUCGUCGAAUGGGGGAUAGUGCAUAUCACCCAUCAUGUACAUGUAAAAUGGGAUCACCUUCAGAUACAAUGACUGUGGUUGAUCCAGAAACCAAAGUUCUCGGUAUAGAAGGAUUAAGAGUUGUAGACGCUUCUAUAAUGCCUGCAAUGGUUAGUGGAAAUUUAAAUGGACCAACAAUUAUGGUUGCUGAGAAAGCAGCAGACAUUAUCCUUGGGAAUAAACCUUUACCAAAAUCUAAUGCUCCAGUGUAUCGACCUAAAACUUUAGAAACACAAAGAUAAAAGAUUUUGAAAAGUGUUUUUUUUAACAUAUAUCUGUACAUGUUGUACGAAAGACUUUCAGGUUGCAAGAAAGUCCCUAUAGCACUAACUAAUGAGAUUUUAGAUAGUUUUUCACUGGCACUUAUGAACAAACGGCAAAUACAGUAAUUAACUUAGUUUUGUUAUACUUCUAUGAACAAAUGGCUUAUGGAUAUUGUGUUACCCCUGCCUGUCCUACGCCCCUGAACAGUUGUCCAGACUUUUUUGUUAUACCUACAAAUAAAUAGAUUUUUGGUACAUUUGUCUACUAUGGUGAUUUACAUUUGAAGUUUGUAUUCCUUUCUGAUUGACUGACUUUUUGGGGAAUAUCGUUUCUUGGACAUUAUAUUUCAUGAAUAUUGUUAUUUGUGAAAACCUCAUUGUAAUGCUUGCAGAGUUGAUUUUUCCCCAGAUGAACUACAUUUUCAGAAUUGCUUACAUUGGUCUUUGAAAAUUUUAUAAAAUUGUACUUCCGGUAGUACAGAUUUUUUUUUGAAAAGUAUGCAGACCUGGAGCUGAUCUUUAGUACAUUGGUGCAUAAUUAUGACUCAGAGAUCACGUUUGCAUUUCAUUUCCAGCCAUACUUUAAACUCAUGAACAUACAUUUGUCAGUGUAUGUCGCUGACCCUGGUACACCUCAUCUAUUGUAUGCAUUCUCUGGCAUAAACAACAAUGAGGCGGCAGGCAGGGGCAUUUUUGUCGUAUCGACAUCUAUUAGUAUUUGAUGUUAAUUUUAUGUUAAUGGUUAGUUGAGAAACUUGUCUAACAAGUAGAUAUUUAUGCCUUAGUCUGUGGCAAGUUUUUAAAAGUAGUUUUGUAAUAAUAUAGUAGCUGCAGGAAUUAAAUAGCUACGCUCUUUAUUUUCUGAAAUUUUUCUGAUUUUUUAAUGGAAACCAAUUGUUCUCGUAUUAAAGAUUUAAAAAAAAAACGUUGUACUGGAUAUAUUGAUAUGAAUUUCAUAAAAUAAAUCCUUUUGAAUUGUUCUGAUUUCAUACCUAAACAUGUUGUAGUUUAAAUCUUUUUCAAUUUCUGAAUUGCAGUAUAGUUGCUUACAAAUAUCAAAAAGAGUACGAUGAACUGAUAUGACAUAACUUUUGUAGUUUCUAGAAAUUUUUUCAAAAUUACAAAUUAAAAUAGUGAAUCUGAUCAUAUUUGAAAUUUUAUUCCUAGUGAGUGGUGCUUGAAGACAAUUAUUAGAAAUACAAAUGUAUUAGAUUGGAGAACAAUAAACUUAAAAUAACACAAAAAAAUAUUCUAAAACCAGUCGAGAAACAUCUGUACACAAGAACGAUAUCCGUGAAAUCAGACAAAUUUUAUGUCAUGCAACGGAUAGAUUUAGUUUUGACAGCUGCAUGCAAAAUAAUAUUGAAACAGUAUUUUAAAUUUUUUGGGACAUUAAAUUAAAAAAUAAAAACAUGUUGAUCUAUAUCAGAACAUAAAAAAAAUAUACUUGUACUAUUUGAACCUCUAUUCUAAGAUUCAAUCAGUUUGUGAAAUAGAUCUAUAUAUGUGUAAAAUGUACAUGAAAUUGCAUUUUUUUUUACUGUGAUGUGUUUAAAUUGUCAUUUUAUUAGUGAAGAUAUGACAAUCAAGAAUGGCACUCUUCAUGCACUCGAAUCUUCUUCUAUCACAUCCAUUAAAGAUAAGAAAUGUACAAACAGUGUAAAAUUUCUUUUGCUGGUAACUACCUCUAGAGUUAUUUUAACUUUUUGGAUAUAAUUUCUAAACUAUACUGUAACUUGUGAAAAUAUUUUUAAAAAAUUCUUCAAAGCAAAAUUCAUGCAUUGAAAUAUUUACCACUGGACAAACAACAACAAACAAAAAUCAAUCAAUCGAUUUAAUCAAAUAAUUUACAGAUGAAAUGCUUUUUAAAAAAAAUGUAUAGGACAUUUAGUUGAUUAUAUAUCGUUAAAUGAUAGAAGAGUUAAGAUUAUUUGAAUUUUUAAAGAGGGUUUAUAGAUAAGAAUGUUUUGUUUUCACAUGAUGAGUAUUUGUAGUAUUGUCAUGUAAUAACAGGGUAUUGUCACUGUUGUAUUAAAUAUGUACAGUUUUCAAGAAUAAGUGACAACAUAAAUGUGCAAUGAAGGGAAUCAAUACUUAAUUUAAUAAAUAUAGAAUUGUGUAAGCUUA